UAAUACUCCCCCUCCUCACCCAAAUAUUCUGGACCGUCUCGUAUAUUUAUUAUUCAGUCCCAGGUGCCCGGGCUCGCUGGACAUAUCUCUCCAGUUCUAAUCAAGGCAUUGCCGCCGCAGUGGUGACCAUGAAUAUCCUAUUCGUCUGCACAGCACACAACUCUCUGUCCCAGAGACUUUACCUAGCCUUGUCCAAGCAGCCUGCUGUCACCAUCACCAUCGAGUAUGCUAUUUCUGAUGGUGUCAUUCGAGAGGCAGCUCGACUGACAAGGCCGGACCUUAUCAUCUGCCCUUUCCUAACCUCGCGUGUUCCCAAAGACAUAUACGAGAAUUAUCUUACACUUAUCAUUCACCCUGGCCCACCAGGUGAUGCCGGCCCGUCUUCAUUAGACUGGGUUCUGAUGGGCGAUGAUGGCUCUGAGCCCGAUCCUGCACAGCUUCUUCAACGGUAUACCCUGAGCGAGAAGGGUCGAUCACACUGGGCCGUGACGGUCCUCCAGGCUGAAGACGAGUUCGACACCGGCCCCGUAUGGGCCUUUGAGCAAUUUCCCAUCGACAUAGACGAGACCAAUCUUACCAAAUCGUCUCUCUACCGCGGACCAGUGACACGUGCAGCAGUGUCUGCGUGUCUAGCUGCUGUGGACAGAAUCAAAGCCGCUGCUCGCACUUCAUCGCCCCUCACGCCUCCAUCGAGCCCUCGAGCAGACAGUCGCAUCGGACCCUUACGCGACGCCAUCCACCCUGGGCUGGUGGCCAGUCCACAGUACAGAGAGCUCUGCGCAGGACUCUCCAAACCUUUUAUGGGCGGGUCCACGCACCACCGACCACUCCUCAAGGCUGGGCAACGGGACUUUGAUGUCAACAUUCAUGGCGCCAAGGAGAUCUCGAGGAGAAUACGAUGUGCCGACUCACAGCCUGGCUGUCUCAGCUCCGUUCUCGGCCACAGCCUGUACUUGUAUGGCGGCAUUGUUGAAGAAGGUAGCUGGUGCAGUGAGACGCAGACGACUCCCGGAUCUAUCGUGGCUGUGCGUGAUGAGGCCGUAUGCAUCCGAGCUGCCGAUAACAUGGGCGUCUGGAUCACUCACAUCAGACGCGUAAAGAAGAAGACAGACGUCCAGCUUUGGCCAAAGAUUCCCGCUGUGUCUGGUCUUCGCGAGCUUGGAUUCUUGACCGACGAGACCGUCACCCAACUUUCUCAGCCACUCGCAACUGAAGACUGGACAAGAGCUCCUCACGAGACUUAUCAAGACAUUUGGGUCGAUUUCACCAAGGUCUAUAUCAAUAGGACCUCCUCUCUCAAUCGUGUGGCUUAUGUCUAUUCAGACUUCUACAACGGCGCCAUGUCCACGCACCAAUGCAUCAAACUCAUGGCCGCCCUCGAAUUCGUGCUCUCCACACACACAGCUGACAGUCCUCUUGCUGCCGUCGUCAUGAUGGGCGGCGCAGGCUACUUCAGCAACGGAAUCCACCUCAACGUGAUCGAGGCCGCUGCCGAUCCAGCACUGGAGUCGUGGAACAAUAUCAACCGGAUCAACGACAUUGUCUACUAUCUUCUCCACGAGUUCCCCAGCCGAGGCAUCCUCACUGUUGCUGGCAUCCGCGGAAACGCCGCCGCAGGCGGUGUUGCGAUGGCCACAGCGUGCGACUGCGUUGUUGCCGGAGCCGAGGUCGUCCUCAACCCCGCGUAUGCAGCGAUUGGCCUCUAUGGCUCUGAGUAUCACUCCAUCAGCUAUACUGCCCGGUGUGGCCUCGAAGGGAGCAGACGCAUCCUGAGCGACAUGACCCCGAUCUCGGCGCACGACGCACGUUCGAUCAGACUAGUUGACCAUGUUCUCCCUGGCACCGGUGCUCUGCUGGACACGCGCAUCAGGAACCAUGUUAACGCCGUCGUGCGGUCGGCUGGUAGAUAUCGCAACGGCUCAGCGAGUUACCAUGCGGGCUGGUGGAAGUGGCGCGCAGACAUCUCGCCGUUGGGACUGGCACGGGCGAGAGCCAUGGAACUGGGAGAGAUGGCCCAAGACUUUUGGGGUGCGAGGUCCGCGACGUAUCACGGCCGCCGAGCUGCCUUUGUCAGGAAAAUGAAGGCUGUGUCGACUCCGUUACAGUUUGCGAAACAUCGUCGGGACGGUCAUAGCGCAGACGAGAAGAAGAAGGACUGCCACAGCGUUCUGGCCAGGGAGUUUGGAAGGAAGCUCGAACAGGGUUCGUCUGAUGAGUACAUGGCUGAUGUUCUCAUGGAUGAUGCUCCGGUGAUCAAAAUGGAGGGGCCCAUCUUCGCUUGUUAUUAUGAUACAUGA